CCUAUCAAGAAUCUCCGGGAGCGAAUGUCACGAUACCUUCCAAAGAAGAUGUUAAUGACGGCUGCCAAUUAUCAUCACUCUGUAAUUGUCAUUCUGGAGAAAGACGGUUGCCUGCUAGGGGUUAUUGUGGCAGCUGGCUCUCAAAAUGGCAGCUGGCUCUCAAAAUGGCAGCUGGCUCUCAAAAUGACUGUCUCUUUGAGUUCCAUACUUUUUAUUCUUCUAGAGAUAUUAAUCUUAUCGGAGAAACAAUGAUUUUAAUCUUUUGGCAAUUACAUCUAAGUGGCAAUCACGUUAGUCGGAUAUACAAGAUGAGGAUAUGUAAAUACUUUUAUAAAAUUACAUUUAAUAAAGAACAUUUUCAUGCUAUUUUUAUAUUAUAAGUAGUAAAUACUUUUCAAUAAAAAUAUGUAGUUGAUCAACGUUUUAAGGAACGGAUGAAGUAUGAUCAUUUUGACAUGUACUAUACACUAUGUAAUACUCCGUAUGUAAUUAUAUAAAGAAGGGAAAAUUGUCAAAUAAGUCCAUGUACUAUUAACAAAAAGUCAAUUGAGUCCAUGUACUUUUUAUUGAGUCAAUCAAGUCCACAAAUUAUAAAAAAACGACCAAAUAAGAUUUUUAGUCGGUAGUCAACCGGUUACCCGGUUAACCACCGACGUGGAUGUCCCAUGUGGCAUUUUGUUACUAUUUUCCAUAUUUUUUAGUUUUGUUUCUUUUUCCCUUUUCUUUUUCCCGUUUUCUCUUCCCUCUUUCUCUUUUUUCCUCUCUUUCUUCUUUCUUCUUGGUCGGCAACUCCGCACCUCUUCUCAGUCGCACCUCUUCUCCUUCGCAGCCCCAACUCUUCUCUUCCCUCUUCUCCUGCUCGAUCUUCCUUCUUCAUUUUCUUUCUGUCUUGUCGCACCAAUAACCCUCCAAUACUCUCACCGGAAAAACUUCUCCAAUUCUCCCACCGGAAAAACUCCUCCAAUACUCCCACCGGAAAAACUCCUCUAAUACUCCCACGGGAAAAACUCCCACCGGAAAAAAUCCCACCGGAACCACUCCUCCAAUACUCCCACCGGAAAAACUCCGCCGCCCCGGCCUCUCUAGCCACCACCCUCCGCCUCUCAGCCUCCAUAGCCACUUCCGCCAUACAUACCGCCUCCGGCCGGCCACCACCUGUGUGACCUUCCUCUUCCCCUCCUCCGUCCUUCCCCUUGAAUCGACCUCCAGCGGCGUCGGCUUGCAUAGCCGUCGCCAUUACCACUGGACCCACAGCCCCCGGCUUCCACCUCCACAGUCUCUACCUCCGCCUAUUCCAUAGAACGAUCUCCAACCACCAGGCCUUCUCCACCGGACCAGAUCUGUAGUUGUAAGGAGGGAAGAGAUGAGUGCAGACCAAAGGAUGAGCAGACCAAGAAGACAGAAGAAAGAGAAAAAAAGAGAAAAACAGGAAGAGAAAAAAUAGAAAAUAGUAAAAAAUGCCAGCUGGAUGUACACGUAGGCGGUCAACCGGACAACCGGUUGACAACCUAUUGAAUUGUUGGUUUGGUCAUUUUAUGACAGUACAUAGACCUGAUUGACUCAAAAAAAAGUACAUGGACUCAAUUGACUUUUUGUUAAAAGUACGUGGACUUUUUUGACAGUUUUCCCUAUAAAGAAUCUCCGCUCAAUUACUAGCGCUCGGUUCAGAUGGAGAGUAAAUCACGUUUGUAAGAGCAAUUGGACUAGCUAAUUACAUCACGAGCAACAUAAUGAUUAUAUUGAUUUUAAAUUGAUUUGUCCACUCAAUUUUUAUUCAUUCUUUAAAUUGAUUUUUUAGCAUCUAAAAGCUCAUAAGGGGAAAGAACGAUGAUGUGCCGCCUCUCCAGAACCCCUCUCGUGUAAUCGUGUAAGGCGUAGUUUGACGACAAGAGUUUCUUACUUUACCACUAGCGAGUGCGAGGAGAGAGCGAGAGUAGCAAAAGAAGUGGAUGCUCUUGAACUAGCAUGUGGUCGAAAAUGGGUGGAGGUAAAUGAAGAAGGCUUGAUCGAGGGGGCCUCUUCAGAAUCGGCUAAAUGGGUGGAUUUCAUGCCUGAAAAAAGCUACUAGCACAUAAAAUUUGUACACAUUUUAUGUACACUCUCUAAUUGCUACACAUGCAGUUCGUUCAAGAAUCGCCUAUGUACAAAAUGUGUACAAAUUUUGAUGUACAUGUAACACGACCGUUCAUGCCAAUAUGAAUGAUUACCUUGGAAUGAUUAAUAUAUCUUCUUUUCUUUAAAGUAACUGUAGCAUCAAUGUGGAAACCCAUUAAGGGUUUCUUGAUUACCGAUUUGGGAUCGCCACAUUAUUUUUUAAAAUUUCACCAUAAGGAUGAUAUGAAUAGAAUUUAGAGUGAUCAAAUUUGGU